AUGCAAGUUUGGCAAAGGUACUAUAUACCUGACAUGUCUGUGGCGAAGGUGGAUGACUCCAUAGAGAAAGCUCUGCAGGUGUGGGCCAAAGUCACGCCCCUGAGGUUCAGAAGAAUCUACAGCAGCAUUGCUGACAUCAUGAUCUCCUUCAGCCGCAGUGGUCAUGGUGACGGCAGCCCCUUGGAUGGCCCCGAUGGCAAUCUCCCCCACGCCUUUGGCCAGGCACUUGGGAUUGGAGGAGAUGCCCAUAUUGAUGAUGAUGAAACCUUCACAUUCCACUCAAACACAGGUGACUCUGUGACUUUGUUCCUGAUUACUGCUCAGGAUGCUGGUCGCUCUCUGGGCUUGUCUCACUCUGAUGACCCUGGCGCUCUCAUGUAUUCAGUGUACUCAUACAGUAACCUGGACACCUUUGUUCUGCCCUGGGAUCUUAAAGGUAUCAAGUCCCUUUACAGCUGCUGCGUCUGGGCGUUCAGCGGCUAUGAUCUCAUGACCGGGUAUCCUAAAUCCAUACCCAGCUUUGGUCUACCCACAGCAGUGGAAAAGGAUGCCGCCCCAAAUGACCCACAGACCAGGAAGACUCUUUUCUUUGUAGGCAGCAGUUACUACAGCUGUGACGAGGCCAGGGUGGACAUGGACGACGGAAACCCCAAACAAGUGGAUGACACCUUCCUGGAAAUGAGCUCCGGAGUGACAGCGGCUCUGUUGUACAGAGGAAGGCUAGUGUUUGCUGUUAUCCAGAAAAAGAACUAG